AUGAUGUUCAUUCCUUCUAGGAGCUCACUCAGUAUCCGGUGGGUUGAUUGUUGUUCGUUGGAUAGACUGGUGGCUGAUAGCUGGCUGCUGGAGGUGAAGGUGGUGGUGGCGGUGGUGGCAUGUAGAGCGGCAUAG